AUGUUGAGCCCUUUGAAGAGGAAGUUGGCCCAUAAAAAAUCGCCUUAUAAAUCUCCUCGUAAAUCGCCUCACAAAAAUAAGACCUUCAACUCUCCUUCUUUGCAGAAGACCUUGCUAAAAAAAAGGAAAAGGUGAGUUAAAAUACUUAAAAAAGUAUGAUUUCAGUCGAGUGUCGUUGUUGUUUCAAAAAGUUGACGAAGACUUCAGUAAACCAUCGACUUCAGGAUCAGGAGAUAAUUGUGAAAAUGUAUGUUUGUUUGAUUGGUUUUACAAAAUAUUGUAGGAAGAUCCAAUUCCAGCAAAGAAACCGAGAAGGAGGUGCUCCCCUGAACGAGUCAAGGUGCAGAAUUUGCCUCAGGAUUUGAGAAUUGGGAAUAAACUGAUAGUAAAAUCGAGUAUCCCUUUUACAUUCACUCCAAAAAUCUCCCAAACAACUUAUGAACAGACUGUCAGGUUAAACAUGACUGCAUCCCAAGCGUAUUUGAAGAAUCCUAAGGUAACCAUUAUUUUUUAUCUUGAUUGUUAGGUGUCAGAAAAUCCAGAAGUGCUUUUGCAAGCAUCCUGUUUGUACUGGAAGUAUCCUUGUUCGAGUAUUCUCAAGUUUCCUCGAUUAGAAGGAGCUUCUGGUCUUCUGAGAACGGAAAAACGGUCUUAUAAUCCAAUAUCAAGAGAGACUGUCGAACUCACGGCGACUUUAUGGUGAGAAAUGUGGAUUUUAUUGGUAUUAUUAAAGUUUUUAGGCAAGAUGCAUUUGAAGAUUUGUAUUGUCAGUGGAAAGAUUACGACCUGACAGCAUUUUAUGUAUGUUCCAACAGUUUUACCGUCCUUUUUAUUAAAUCCCAAAAAACUGAAGUGACGACAACUGAAGGGGAAGAUCCUGGGGAAACGUCAUGUAUGGGAUUCAACGAGUUCACUCAAUAUAAAGCCAUCAUUACUCCUUCAACACGCAGUCUGAGGAAGUGGCUGGGAGAUAAUGGUGAGUAUUAUAUAGAUUUUUUUUUUAUUUAUCCAGAUAUCUCUUACACAAAGGUCUUCUCGUCUGGAGCCGAAGAAAUCAAUGAGUCUCUCGCCUCGAUGAAUGAUUCUCAAGAUUCCCUUGACGUCUCUUCUUUCUCUUUACAAAGUCAGCGAACUGAAAGGGCGAGAACUCCAGACCAGAGUUAUCAGGUUCUAAAAGCUGUAAACCCAGAGGAAGAAUAUGUGAGGUAAGAUGGAGUUUAUAAUUAUUGAAUAUCCCAUUUUAGUCCGAUGAAAUUGGGAGAAGAUGUAGCCAACGAUGACUUCCUCAGACGGAUUGGCCUCAGCCCGAGUGUAAUGGUGAGGAAUGAGACUCGGGAUUCCCAAUCAUGUAGCCAGUUCUCAAUGGACUGUAACUCCCAAGACUCGUUGAAACCGGCUGCUGGAACGACCUUGGUAUUAUCGGAUGUGAAUUCCAUAGAUGCCUUUAGAUCUCUCUUAUGCAAUAA